AAUAAUUUUGCCCAAAAUGCACGCCAAUAUUCGAUCUCUUUCUCAUUUACACCUGAGAACUGUUGCACUUUGUGAGCAUCACUAUCCAAUUCCAAUCCAUGUUCCAAAAUGUAAACGGAUUAAAACUAAAACACAUCAGUUAAUUUAGAUAAUUGAUCAAUAAUUCUUCCCCAAAAUGCACGUAUAAGAAAGGAGGGAGGGAUUAGACUUUAGAGACCAAAAAAUGGGCGAAAUUUGUGGAGGUAAAAGACUCAUGAAAGAGACCUAUGAACAAGAAUCUUGUAUGCAUUAUAUGAAAGAAAAUAAAGAGAGAAAAUAAUUAAGCAUAAGGAUAGAAUGCAAGUCACUGAAGUCAAAUAUUAGAGAAAAAGAUGCAGAAACUGUCAAAAAAUUGAGUGUGACAGAGAGAGUGAAAGUUACCUGGAUGUCUAAGCCAGCCUGCGUGUGCUUUGAAAUGUUUGGACAACACAGUCAUGAGUCUUGACUAUGAUUCAUCAUCACUAUUCUUGGAAUUCAGCAUCAUCAUCACUGAUUGACUAUAAAAACCGAUUGUUGUGUCCCAAACAUUUUAUCCAUUGAAAUCUGUUGCAAUAUAAUGACAAUGAUGAGGUUCUUGUGUUCUCUUACUUUGUCCCUGCAGUUUCUUCUCCUUUUCUCAUCACUCUUUCCAACCACCCUGCUCACAAACUGUUCACCUUUGAAUCAUUCAACUCAUCAUCAUGAGUGCCAUGAGCAUGAAAGCUAUGCCCUGUUGCAGUUUAAGGAAUCCUUUCUAACAAGUAAGUCUGCUUAUUACAAUCCUAUCAGUUAUCCUAAAACUGCUUCUUGGGUUCCUACCACAGAUUGCUGCUCCUGGGAUGGCAUUGAAUGCAAUGAGCUCACAGGUCAUGUGAUUGGCAUUGAUCUCAGCAGCGGCCAGCUCUAUGGUUCCAUGGAUCCCAAUAGCACCCUUUUCUCACUUGUGCACCUUCGAAGUCUCAAUCUUUCUGACAAUGACUUCAAUCACUCUCAAAUUCCUGCUAAGAUAGGUGAGCUUUCACAGCUAAGAUAUCUGAAUCUUUCUCAUGGCAAUGAAAACACAUUCUCUGGUGAGGUUCCAUCUCAAGUUUCACAAUUGUCCAACUUGUUGUCCCUUGAUCUUCGCAGCUAUACCUUUGGGUCACUUCCAUAUGAUCUAAUCAACCAUUUGCAACUCAAGGCAUCCACUCUCACAAGCUUAACUCAAAACUCAACUAGACUUGAACACCUUCGUCUUAGUUUUGUGACCAUUUCAUCAUCUUUACCUCAUACUCUCACAAACCUUACAUCCUUGCAAAAACUCACUCUUCGCCAAUGUGAACUAUAUGGUGAAUUCCCAAUUGGAAUAUUCCAUCUCCCAAACUUAAGAGUCUUGAAUUUGGGACAAAACCAAAACCUUAGGGGUAUGCUGCCUAAUUUUCACUCAAGCUCAUUCAUCAACAUAAUCCUUGAUGGCACAAGUUUUUAUGGCACAAUUCCAACAUCCAUUGAAAACCUCACUUCUUUGAAUUGUUUUGUGAUUCCAAGAUGCAGUUUUUAUGGGGCCAUUCCUUCUUCGCUUGGCAACCUCACCCAACUUGCUCAGUUAGAUCUUGCCUAUAAUGGCUUUGUUGGUGAAAUCCCUCACUCUCUUUUUAGACUAGAGAAUCUUGAAAUUUUGUCUCUGGGCUAUAAUUUCUUUGAAGGGCAACUAGCACUUGACAUGUUUUUGAAACUAAAGAUGCUUAAUGUUCUAGACUUGCCUUACAACAAACUGUCUUUGUUCUCACAAAAUAGGGCUGUCAAUAUGACAAUCCUUCCUCCAAUUCAGUGGUUAGGGUUGGGUUCAUGCAAUUUGACUGGAAAAGUUCCAACUUGGAUAAUGAAUCUAACCUCUCUAUAUCACUUGAAUCUUUAUAAAAAUAAUCUUCAAGGUGAAAUUCCAUAUUUCCUCUUCAUGUUGGAGAAUCUUACAGGCCUUAAUCUGGCUGAUAAUUGGUUGGAAGGACAUGUCGAACUUGACAUGCUUUCAAAGCUCAAAAAGCUUACUGCACUUGGUUUAGGUGGAGGCAAUAAAUUGUCAUUUUCUGAAGGGAAGAACACUUCGAAUACUAUACCAGAUUGGAUAUGGAAUAAAACAAGUCUGCAGUGUUUGAUGAUUUUCAACAAUCCAUUGAUAGGAGAAAUAUCCCCCUUGAUAUGCAAUCUGCAAUCCCUUGUGUAUCUUGAUUUAUCUUCCAACAACUUAGUUGGUAUGAUACCAUCAUGUUUGGGAAGCUUUAGCCGAUCUCUUCAAAUUUUGAGUCUUGCAGGAAACAAAUUGACUGGCAAUAUUCCUCAAACUUAUGUGAAAGGAAAUGCCGUUCAGUUGAUUGAUUUCAGUUCUAACAAGUUGUAUGGUCAAUUACCAAGAGCAUUGGUCAAUUGUAGAAUGCUAGAGCUUCUUGACUUGAGCCAUAACCAUUUCAAUGAUUCAUUUCCUUUUUGGUUAGGAUCUCUUCCCAAAUUGAAGGUGAUUUCUUUACGUGAUAAUGAAUUUCAUGGAGCUAUAAAGUGCCCAUCAAAAUGCACAUUCGUGAAACUUCACAUCAUUGAUCUUUCUGAGAAUAAUUUUUCUGGAAAUUUGUCAUCAGAAAUAAUCAAGAGUUUCAAAUCGAUGACUCUUUCCAACACAAGUCAUCAAGUACAUCUCAAAAACGACAUUUAUCAGUUGCUACAUUCUUUGGUUGAUAUUGAUUUGUUUUCAUUUCCAAUGUCCAACAAAGGAGUUGUCAUGAAUUAUCAAGGGGAUCAAUACUUUCAUUAUAUGGUAGCCAUUGAUCUUUCAUGCAACAAAAUUUCUGGUGAGAUUCCGGAUAUCAUGGGAAGUUUGAAUGGCCUUGUUGUGCUCAAUUUGUCCAACAACAUGUUUACUGGCAGCAUCCCAUCUUCUCUAGGAAAGCUUUCAAAUCUUGAAGUGCUGGACCUUUCUCUCAAUAGCUUGUCAGGGAAUAUUCCUCAACAACUCACAGCACUAACCUUCUUGGAUUUCUUCAAUGUGUCCUUCAACAAUCUCUCAGGUCCAAUACCAGAAAAUAGACAAUUUUCCACAUUUGAAAAUAGUUCUUUCAAGGGAAACAAAGGUUUAUGUGGGAUUCAACUAGUGAAGAAAUGUAAAGAUCACUCUAAACCCCCACUACCAACUCUUGAUGGUGAUCAAGACUCUGAAUCAAAAUCUUUCUUUGAAUUUAAUUGGAUGGUAAUUCUAAUCGGAUAUGGGGGUGGCCUUAUUGCUGGAUUAGCACUGGGAAAUGCUUUUGCUGGAGAUGUUUUUAGGUUGUUGAAAAGGAUCUUUUAAGUCACAAGUCUUGAUGUUGGUCUUUUCAUGUGUAUAAUCUUAGAUUAUUUUCAUUUUUGUGUUGCAUUUAAAGUUAUUGUGUUUCUCUUAUUUAAGAGUCAACUAUGUGUGAACCCAAAUAAAAGUAGACAAGGUAAAAAGAUAAUAUAGUGUGUUGUAUGUCUAUUUCUCUUUUGCUAUUUUUGAAAAAGAA